UGACCAACGACCCGAAUAAAUGGCGCCAUCUUUACAAACUGAUUCGGGAGUUCCGCCCUCCGAUGACUGUCUAUGACUUUUGUUUUUUGUCUUGUUUCGCGGUCAAAAGUCUGCUGUUCUAAACUUGUGUGGAAUGUUGGAACCAACACAAAACAAGGCCAGCCCGGCUCAUCGGAACUUAUUUUUCGUACACAGUCGUUCAUCAGUCCUGCGGCCUCAUCUGUGCCACGGUUGAAACGUGAACUGGAUGUUUCCGAUGAAGAGGAGUUUGCUGUUCCCCCACUAAACUAGAGGCCUCUAUCCUUACUCAUUUCUUCUCCCACAUCCUGAGAGCCUUCAAGUGGACACGCAAAUCAACUUGACCGGGGGAUUUCUAAGGGUGACGUUCCCUCCGACCAGUGGGACUGCCGGUGCGUCGUCCCCAUGGCUACCAACAGGGAACAGCAGGUGGGUCACAUGACUCCAUACCCACCUGCGGUCUACCCCUUUGCCUUCAACUCCAUGAGAAGCCACUCCCCCUUUGACCUGUUGGCCAACAGUACCCUUUUUGGAAGAUUUGGCGCUGACCUGCCCAAAGAGAUGGCUGCACUCUCGGUGGAGACCCAGAGCACCAGCUCGGAAGAGAUGGUACCCAGUUCUCCAUCACCACCUCCCCCACCUCGGGUCUACAAGCCCUGCUUUGUGUGCCAGGACAAGUCCUCGGGGUAUCACUAUGGGGUCAGCUCCUGCGAGGGUUGCAAGGGUUUCUUCCGUCGCAGCAUCCAGAAGAACAUGGUGUACACCUGCCACCGAGACAAGAACUGUCAGAUUAACAAGGUCACGCGCAACCGCUGCCAGUACUGCAGGCUGCAGAAGUGCUUUGAGGUCGGCAUGUCCAAGGAAGCGGUACGCAACGACAGAAACAAAAAGAAGAAGGACGUGAAGGAGGAGGUGAUGCUUCCAGAGAGCUAUGAGCUCAGUGGAGAACUGGAGGAGCUUGUCAAUAAAGUCAGCAAAGCUCACCAAGAGACCUUCCCCUCACUUGGCCAACUGGGCAAAUACACCACCAACUCCAGCUCAGACCACCGUGUCCAGCUUGAUCUGGGCCUAUGGGACAAAUUCAGUGAGCUGUCAACCAAAUGCAUCAUCAAGAUUGUGGAAUUCGCCAAGCGGCUGCCAGGUUUCACCACCCUCAGCAUUGCUGACCAGAUUACACUUCUUAAAUCUGCCUGCUUGGACAUUCUGAUGCUUCGGAUCUGCACACGCUACACUCCAGAGCAGGACACCAUGACCUUUUCUGAUGGCUUGACUCUGAACCGAACGCAAAUGCACAACGCUGGCUUUGGACCCCUAACAGACUUGGUGUUUGCCUUUGCUGGCCAGCUUUUACCCCUGGAGAUGGAUGACACAGAGACUGGUCUUCUCAGCGCCAUCUGCCUCAUCUGUGGAGACCGCAUGGACCUGGAGGAGCCCCAGAAAGUGGAUAAGCUGCAGGAGCCUCUGCUGGAGGCUUUAAAGAUUUACGCCCGUCGUCGUCGCCCCAACAAGCCCCACAUGUUCCCCCGCAUGCUCAUGAAGAUCACGGACCUCAGGGGCAUCAGCACCAAAGGUGCGGAGAGAGCCAUCACUCUGAAGAUGGAGAUCCCAGGGCCAAUGCCUCCACUGAUCAGGGAGAUGCUGGAGAACCCAGAAGCCUUUGAAGAUCAAACCGAGCGCAACGACAGCCCCCCACCCCCGCCGCCACCGGCCCCGGCCCUGGUGCUGAAGCAAGAGGUCGAUGACGAGGACGACAGCUGGGCCACGGAGAACGGCAGCGAGCCGUCGCCCGAGGAGGAGGAGGAAGAAGAAGACGAGGACGACGAUGAUGCGGGCGAUGACGAGAGAGACAGGGGCUCGGACAGCGACGGGGAGCCAUGGGGGGUCCUGGACGCCAUAGACGGCUCCAGGAAAGGCCUUGUAGGGAGGGCUCAGUGAGCAGCCUAUUUCAUACACAUGCACUGAUUGAUGACACACACACAUAGAUAACCUCACUCCAUCUCCCGCAUCAAUAAAAACAUGGCCUUCCCUCCAUCUCGGUGUCCUCCACAGAGGAGCCUUAUGAGUUCACAGCCAUUAAACUGUGGCCCACGCGCUCCACCACAAGUGAACUCCAGAUAGAUAAAGCUAAGGAGAGACGACAGUAAAAAACAACGCAAACUCCUGGCGAGGCCGAGGGGGACGUUAACAUGACAAAAAGAAGUGACCCUCUCCAGUCUCUUUGUCUCGACUUUUGUUGUUCCUAACUGGACAGGACAAAGUGGAAAAAUCAGAACUUAAUAGGUCUGGUUAAUCACAAAAAGCACAUUUCUUAAAAAUGAAACAUGAGUACAAGGCAAAACCAAAUUACAGUAUGUUAAUCUUUGUUUUCGCUGGUAACUAUUUUUUUGUCUUUUUUUCUCAAUUUAUGUAAUUUAUAUAUAUAUAUAUAAAUAUAUAUAUAUAUAUAUAUAUAUAUAUACACACACACACACACACACACACACAUUUUUAUGUGUGUGUGUGUAUACAGUGGUCCCUCGCCAUGUCGCAGAUUUGUUUUUAUAAGCAUAUUCUACAUAAUUUUUGCCCUAAAUUAAGCAUUCCCAAGCAUAAAAAUGGCUAAAUGGCUAAAAAGAUGAAUACUAUAGUGUUGGUCACUAGAUGAGACCAAACCAAUAACAUCCCAAUGUUCAGCAUCGUGCGGCCACUGAUUAGUAUAUUGGAUUAAAAGAGUGAUAAUGUGACUAAAGGGUGUUAGUUCAUGUCUGGGGUGCUCUCAUAAUGUUGAAAAAUGUAUUUAAAAUGUAAAACAGUUUUUUGUAUGCUCUAUCUAUGAAAAUUUAGAUUUAUAAUGAACGAUUUCUAUUCUUUGCGGAAAUAAAUGUACAUUAACAGCGAUAAACCUGGGAUUACUGUAUACUUUAUAUGUAUGUAUAUACAUAUACACACACAUAUAUAUAUGUACAUAUAUAUAGUAUUGUGUAUGUAUGUAUGUAUAUAUAUAUGUAUAUAUGUAUAUAUAUAUAUAUAUAUAUAUAUAUAUAUAUAUAUAUAUAUUUACAUAAUUGUUUAUUUUGAAGUGUUUUCCUGCGAGGUUAUUGAGAGGGAAAGCAGAAUGCAAGCUGGAUCUUCCAUAACAGUUCAAAAUGCUUCGCCUGGGGGUCUUUUAAAAAAAAAAAAAAAACUUUUUGGAAGGGGGGAGGAAGUGGGUGGGGCUACACUUACUGUGGACGUCAGUGAUAAUCAAAUCUGGAGGACUUUUGUCAUGUGAAUAAUCACGCCUCUGUUAUCAGGGAAUCGGCAUCGCUCUCUUUGAAUUCAACCUUGUGCCAAAGUUAGGAAAAGUUUGACUACUGGCAGGUACUCCAGCCAUGAUGCACGCACACAAUCUCACACACACACACACACACACACACACACACACACACACACACACACACACACACACACACACACACACACACACACACACACACGCACACACACACACGCAUACUCCUUCAGCUGUAGCAGAUUGAUACUUGAUCGUACAUGUAGCACUUUUGUACAAGGAAAACACAUUCAUGUUCAACCGGCAAUACAAUCAUGCUUGUACCUUUUUCAGAGGAUGUCAAACACACACACAUUCACACACACACUCACACACACACUCACACAAACAUGCACACACACACGGAUUCUUGUAUUUGUGACCUUCUUGAGACCUCCGAAAAAUGAUACUCACUAAGAGUCCCAAUUGUACAAGAAAAGCUUAACAUUUUGGCAAUUUUAUGAAAAGAGUCGUAAUUUUACUCGACAAGUCACAAUUUUUUUCAGAACAUUUUGAAAUGUUGGCAAUAUUAUAAUGAUAAUUGGAAUUUUACUACAAAAAAUCACUAUUUUACAAGAACAACAAAAAAAUUGGCAAUAUUGUGAUACAAAUUUGAAUUUUAUUUGACGAAUGUCACCAUUUUGCAUUAAAAAGUAAUGAUUUUACAUACAAAAGUGAAUAUUUUACGAGAACAUAUUGCAACAUUACAGAAACAAAAUAUGAAAAAUGGUUCCCAAUUUUAUAAGAAGUCGACACAUUGUGAGAAGACUGCUUUCAGUUCAUCCAUUUUUUUUGUUCAUAAAUGUUUUUUAAUCUUCAUUAUUUACUUAAAAGUUAUUACAGUAUGUCUCUAUACACAUAUUUAUUUUACUCUUUUUUUAAAUUAAUUUUGUCCCAAGGGGGAGCAUUUCAAUUUCUUAUAUACACUUGUUAUUUCAUAUGUUGACCAGAGGGCGAGCACUUUUAAAACUGACACCCGGUCAAUUUGAAAAAUCCCUCCUUUUUUGGGAACACCCUAAUUUUGAUAGAUGUCACCACCAGGCGUGCGAAUGAGACAUUCUCUACUAGAUGCAAUGGUUUUCCGUAUUGGGACCAUGAUUUCGGUCCUAACUUGUUCACCGGUCCUCAUAUGGAAGGUGCUUUUCCUUGUUAAUGUCUCAAGAAGGGUAUAAAUACAAGAACACACACAGACACAAACACACAAAUCUGCAACAAUCAAGUAUGCAAGUGGAAAGCAGGAAAUUCUUACGGAAGAUAUUUUGGACUAAGACUCAGGGCUUUUCGGUGAGGACCAAACACUAGCUGCUUGCAGGCAUGCUAGAAAACAGGCAAUAUUUAUGUGUGUAUUCUUCUUGACCCCGUUUUGAUGAGCUCGACCCCGCUCUGUCUCUGCGUGUACAUAUAGAAGGGGACACAGAAAUGGGAGCAGGUGGCGUGAAUGCCAGCGUAACUUCACCCCACAGCGGGGGUGCACGGCGGCGACGUCCCAACUAGCUGGCAUCCAUGCCGCAUUCCCCGAGAAGCCAUCAUCAUUAUAGCCUCAUUUCUUCUUGUGUAUAUCCUCCCCUCUCUUGUUUAAUGUGUAGGAAUAUGUCUUCUUAUGUAUCAUUUCUACGUUGCCAAAAUUGUCUCAUUCGGCAACGAGUGGUGAGGGUUUGGGGGGGGGGGGGAUCUGAGCAGCUGAUAUAAAGAUUUUUCUUUUCUUUUUCUCUUUCAAGCAAUAUGAACAUUCUGUCGCGACGAGAAGGCCCAUGACGUGAAUGUGGGGAGGUCUCCUCAUUUUCAUUUUGGGUGAAUGUGUGUUCGCUUUUAUUCAUGCCUUGGCCAUAUUUUAGGUGCAUUUUUAUUGAGUGAAUAAGUAUUUUAUUUUAUUUUUUUUAGCUGGAGUUGACACAAGAAAGUGCCAAAUUAUAUUAGUGUUCAAAGGCCGGGCUGGCUCAUGGCAUAAAGAAUAUAUGCUGUCAAUGUGAGGUUUGGAGCCUUAACAGUUCCAUUGCAACUCAUGACGACAAACCCUAGUAAAUAUAAAGACCAAAUGGCUGGAUAUAGGCCCACAAAAUAGCCAAACUUUUUUUCACCGAGUACCACCUCUGAAAACACUUGGCUCUCCAGAUGCCACCUUAACGGCCAACAUUAUCAUACAGUAGCGUAGUAGGCCUAUGUAUACAUUAACAACCAAGCAGAGGUUUUAUUUAACAGGUAUACCCAAUAUUUACUGGAACAUAACACCCACUUUGAACAGUAGCACUGUGAUAACAGCUCGAGUCACGACGUUACAAUUUUUAAACAAGUGAUUCUUUGGUGUACCAUUAGAUGGAUCCAUGUGUACCAUGAGUGGUGGCCUCCAGCCUAUUCCAGCUAAAUAACAAAUAUUCACUUCAACACAAAAUUUGGCCAAAGUGUAUGGAUAAUUUCGGACGUGUGUGUGUGUGUGUGUGUGUGUUUCCAGCCAUAGAAUGAAUGUCCGUUGUCACGGUGCUGUCACACACUUAAGUGUCUUUUGUGUGAUGACUCUCUCUGCUGGGCUGUUACCAUGGCGAUGUAAUGUAUCCGAUGCAGGCAGACCACGCCGAGAUGACCGUUCUAGUUUUUCAACAUGGCCAAUGUGUUGUGUACCCAUUGUUUAUGUCGACUCUUGUUAUACAAAGAAAAGCCAUAUAAACAGUAAAAGGCACAAUAAACUACUUUUUUGAGAUUCCUGGACAA